UGCCCGCGAGGGGGCGGCCAGGCGGCGCUGGAGAACCAGCCGCGGAGGAUCGACGGGCGCGGAGAGGAGAGCGCUUAAGGCGCGGCGGCGGCUGCUGCCGUCCAAGGGAACAGAGGAACGGCCGCUCGACCCACCUGGGCUGGCUGCCUUCGCACAGGGAGAGACAGGACUUCCAGCCGUGACCGGUGUCUAAAUCCUUUGGUGGCACCAGAAUGUCAGAACAUCCCUGCAAGUCAACAACACGUUCCACAACGCUGCUUGCUCUGCGAGGAAGGAUGAAGCUCCAGUUCAAAGGCCACCUUUGGUGACCCGGUCCUUCCAAGACCUUCAGAAACCCUGAGUCCAUUGUGCCUGGCAGCAACACACAGAUGAUGAGAAGGCAAAAUCCAUGACUUCCGCUGGGGAACAUCCAUUUGGCGGCUGCUUUCGGAUGUCAGAGUCUCCGGCACCAAGGAGACCCAAGUAACCCAGCAGAAGCAGCAUUACCAGAGGCAGUCGUGACAAGGAAGGGUGAUGGAGAAGGAGCCGAGCCUCAAAGGAGAAGCCGGCGGCAAGACGAGCACCGGGAAACGCCCUGCCGAGAGGGAGAGAGAAGUGUGUGCCUGAACCGGACCUCCCUCUUCCGCCCAGGUCCCUCCUUGCGCCCCCCCCAAAGGAAGACCAAUAGGAUGGCAGGAGAGACAGCUUGCCAGAAAGCCCUUUGCUAGAGCUUUUUGCCCAAGGGGGCACCCUGGGAAAGAUCAGCGCCGGACGAGGAAUCCCCUUCCCACCUCCUCCUCCGACUGGAUGUUCCCUUCAUGGUCCGAAACCAUGGAGCGCAAGGAGAGAAUGGCGAACACUAACCCAAGGCGGGGUCUUGUGCUGUGAGGCAGACUGUCGCCCCUUUCCCCUUGCAGGCCCCUCGUCCCCGCCCAGCCCUCCCAAAUGGCAGGCCGCCGGUGGGCCGCGACGUCAGCCCUGUGCACCUGCGUGGCGGCCGUCUCCCUCCUGUACGUGGGGAAGGCGCAGGCGGACUGCUGGCUGAUCGAGGGCGAGAAGGGCUUUGUGUGGCUGGCCAUCUGCAGCCAGAACCAGCCGCCCUACGAGUCCAUCCCGCAGCAGAUCAACAGCACCAUCCUGGACCUGAGGCUGAACGACAACAAGAUCAAGAGCGUGCAGUUCUCCUCCCUCAGCCGCUUCAGCAAUCUCACAUACCUCAACCUGACCAAGAACGAGAUCUCCUACGUCGAGGACGGUGCCUUCUCCGGGCAGUACAACUUGCAAGUGCUGCAGCUGGGCUACAACCGCCUGAGGAACCUGACGGAGGGGAUCCUGCGGGGCCUGGGGAAGCUGGAGUACCUCUACCUCCAGGCCAACCUCAUCGAGUCCGUCACCCCCAACGCCUUCGGGGAGUGCCUCAACAUCGUCAACAUUGACCUGUCGAUGAACAGAAUCCAGAGGCUGGACAGCAGCACCUUCCGGGGCCUGGCCAAGCUGUCUGUCUGCGAACUCUACAGCAACCCCUUCUACUGCUCCUGCGAGCUCUUGGGCUUCCUCCAGUGGCUCGAGGGCUUCACCAACAUGACCCGCACCUACGACCGCAUGCAGUGUGACUCGCCGCCAGACUACUCUGGCUACUACCUUCUGGGCCAAGGCCGGAGCGGGUACCGCAAUGCCCUGGGCAUGCUGUCCUCCCUCUGCACCGGGGGCCCCUACACCAUGCCGCCUUACUUGAUCCCGCUGAAGAACCCGGUGACCACCGCUCCGCCUGAGAGCCCGUGCCCCGAGGAGGAAUGCUUCUCUGGGGACGGCACCACGCCCCAGGCCUCGCUGCACACCCCCGUGAUCGACCCGGGCCUGUUCCCCACCAUGAAAGUGAAGCAGCUGACCCACAACUCGGCCAUCCUGAGCGUGCAGAUCCCGGUGCCCUUCAGCAAGAUGUACACCCUGGCGCAGUUCGAGAACGGCCGCUACAACGUCCUCACCAAGCUGCUGAAGAAGAAGGAGGACAUCACGCUGACGGACCUGGGCCCCAACGAAGACUACACCUACUGCGUGAUGUCCUCCAACCGCGUCUCCAGGUACAACUACACCUGCCUCACCAUCAACCUCAACAAGCAUAACCGGGAGGAGCCGGUGCCCAGCCCUUCGACGGCCACUCACUACAUCAUGACGAUCCUGGGCUGCCUGUUUGGGAUGGUGAUUGUCCUUGGGGUGGUGUACUACUGCCUCCGGAAGAGGCGCCAGCAGGAGGAGAAGCACAAGAAGGCUGCCAUCAACAUGAAGAAGACCAUCAUUGAGCUGAAGUAUGGGCCGGAGAUGGAGGCGACCAGCAUCUCCCAGCUGUCCCAAGGGCAGAUGCUGGGCGGCGAGACGAUGACCCGCAUCCCCUACCUCCCUUCCGUGGGGGAAGUCGAGCAGUACAAGCUGAUCGACAAGAGCGAGACCCCCAAGGCCACGAAGGGCAACUACAUGGAGGUGCGUACGGGCGAGCAGCCCGAGAGGAGGGACUGCGAGCUGCCCCUGCAGCCCGACAGCCAGAGCUCGGUGGCGGAGAUCUCCACCAUCACGAAGGAGGUGGACAAGGUCAACCAGAUCAUCAACAACUGCAUCGAUGCCUUGAAAUCGGAGUCCACCUCCUUCCAGGGGGUGAAGUCGGGGGCGGUGUCCACGGCCGAGCCUCAGCUGGUGCUCCUGUCUGAACAGAUCCCGAGCAAACACAGCUUCCUGGCUCCAGUCUACAAGGAGAGCUACAACCACCCCCUGCAGAGGCACCACAGCAUGGAGGGGCCCCCCAAGCGCUCCAGCACCUCUUCCAGCGGCUCCGUCCGGAGCCCCCGAUCCUUCCGCUCCGAGGGCUCCGCCCACAAAUCCGAAGCCAAAUAUAUCGAGAAGACGUCUCCAACCACAGACACCAUCCUCACUGUGACGCCGGCGGCCGCCAUCUUGCGGGCCGAGGCCGAGAAGAUCCGCCAGUACAGCGAGCACCGGCACUCGUACCCAGGGUCCCACCAGGGGGAGCAGCAGCACGAGAGUAUGGGCGUGCGCAAGCCUUCCAUCUUGGAACCUUUGACCAGGCCCCGGCCCAGGGACUUGGCUUACUCUCAGCUCUCCCCCCAGUACCACAACCUGAGCUACACCUCUAGCCCAGAGUACACGUGCAAGCCUUCCCACAGCAUCUGGGAGCGCUUCAAACUGAACCGCAAGCGCCACAAAGACGAGGAGGAGUACAUGGCGGCUGGCCACGCCCUACGCAAAAAGGUCCAGUUUGCCAAAGACGAGGACCUGCAUGACAUCUUAGACUACUGGAAAGGGGUGUCUGCCCAGCACAAGUCCUGAGUCCUCAAAACCUGUAACUCGUGACUUAAUACUGGACCAAAACAAAACAAACGAAAUCAGCAGCAGCUAUUUUUAAUCCAGACUUGUCUUUAAAAACACACAUACACACACAAAAAUAAAUAACUUAUCUAUAAUUAUUCUAUAUAAUGUAACAGAGAGAGAGAGGUAUUAAAAUAUUGUCUCGCAUUCGUGAGAUCCACACCAAAUUUGAAAAGAGAAAGGGAGGGAAACACCUACAAUGUUGAAAAACUAAUAGGUAAAUGGUGGAGUGGGGGAGAAAUGUUUUCUUUUUAUAAAAAAAAGCAGAAAAAAUGAAUUUAAAAAAAAAACCUGAGUGAAAAACAACAGGGAAAGAGAAAGAGAGGCACAAAAUGAAAGGAAUACUGGAGUAACCACGACUGCAUCGCAUGACUCAUGAAUCUGUGGUUUCUUGUGGACUCUGUGUACAGUUUUGUCUUCUUCUUCCUUUCAGUAACCAAAAAGUAAAAAACGAAACACACACACACACAAAAAGGUAAAUCAGAAAAAGUUAGCAGAAGGUGUGUUUUUUUUUUAUUAAAAAAAUAAACAUUAAAAAGAUAAUUCUUUUUGGGCCUUUUGCAAAUGGAGUCUUCCAGUUUAGACUACGAACCGCCUGAAGUCCCAUUUGUGCAUUUCUUUCGUGAAGUGUGUGUCGCCUUGUAAAAACCGACACCGCUCUAUUGUACAGAGAGAGAAAAAGAAAUUCUAUAUUUGCAAAUGUUUGCUGUAUAAUGAGAGAGAGAGAAAGAGAAAGGAAAAAAAUAUUACAUCUACUAAAAGAAAUAUAUCUAUAUAUUCACCUGUUUGUACCAGGUUUUAAUCAUGGAU